UCUCUCUCUCUCUAUUUCUGUUUCUAUUUCUAUAUCUCCAUCUUCUUCUUCGUCUUCUUCUUCACGCCGCCUCUCUUUCUCACCUUACCUACACCGCUCUGCCACUCUUCUUUUGCAUUGUUCUUUGUUGUAUCAUAAACCCAAUUCCCCACAUUCUCUUCUUCUCACUCAAACGUACUGUUCUUCAUUCAUUUUCUUGUAUAUUGUCGUUUCUUCCAUUGAUUCCUCGUUUUUCUCACGCGGGCGUCGUUUUCUUUUCAUAUCAUCAACUGGGUCAUUUAAGGCUUACAAAAUAGAAAAAUGGGCAGUAAACUGAAGCUUGAACUUGAGAAGCUUUUCAGUGAGGAUCUGAUAGUUGCUUGUGACAAUGAACAUGCUGAAGAAUCUGUUCAUAAAGGAAUGUCUUCAAUGGUUUCAGAUUCUUGUAAUGGGUUGUCCUUGGAUGAACUCCACAAAAAUGGGAGUUUGGAGAAUGGAAAGGUCUCGAUCGGUCAAUUUGGAGACCGAUCGUUGACAUCUGCAGUCGAGAAACUAAGUUUGGGCGGGGAGGGGACAGGGAAGACUUGGAUGAAUCACCCCAAUUUGAUGGAUGAUCAAUUUGAAAGCUAUUUGAAUAAACAAUCACUCAAAACUGAACCAUCAAUGGUGAGUGAUCCCCCUUUGAGACCUUCACAUUGUGUGAACAAUGGCUAUUAUGAGAUUCGUAUGCCGGGUCUUCCCCCUCAGAUCUCGGUCGAAGCGAGACCUGUUUCUGAUGUCCACAAGAAUGGGGAGGCGGGUCACGUUCCGCCAUUGAAGACUCCUUCUGCUAUGCCAUUCACUCAUCAUGAACAAAUGUUGCACAGUGGGUUAUCCCCAAUUCAUUUUAUGCGCCCACAACAAAUGAAUCAUGGUGAAAUAGGUUCAAAUUGUACAAAAGAACAGCAGCUCCUAAGCUGCAGGAUGCAAGGACAGCACCAAUACCUGUAUGAUCUUCAUAAUCAGCAACGGGAAUAUUCGAAUCUACUUGAAUCUUGUGGUAAACCAUUUGGGUCGUUGCGGUUUCGGAGUCCGAAUCAGGAAUGUUUUAUUGAGGUUCCAUUUUCUCCCUAUCUUGGGCAGUUUAAACAUGAAGGAUUCUGCAAUAGGACUGCACAUUAUGCGGGUUCGGGCGUACCAAAUCUUGUAUUUACAAAACCGAACGUAGAUACGUUAGAUUCCCAGGAAAAGAGUUUCAAUCAAUGUUCUCUUAGGAAGGUCCCCAUGAGGACACAUGGACCGAUCGGAGUUGAUUGUAUGAAGGCUCCAAUCGGAGUUGAUGCUGAGAAACUUAAGUAUUAUAUCAGCAAUGGAUUUGGUUGUCCAAGUUGUAUUGUUAGGCAGAAUGGUUUACCUUCAACAACUAAAGAUUGCAUCUGUCAUGACAACUUAAGGGCAUCUUCUACGUUAUCGAGUUACGAAAAUCAUCCGAUAGAGAUACCGCCUUCAAAAUGUAACUCUCUUGACGAAGCCACGGGUAAAAUAUAUCUCAUGGCUAAAGAUCAACAUGGUUGUCGCUUCUUACAACGGAUGUUCACUGAGGGUACUAAAGAAGAUAUCGAGAUGAUUUUCGGUGAGAUCAUUCAUCAUGUUUCUGAGCUCAUGAUAGACCCUUUUGGAAACUAUUUGAUACAGAAACUCCUUGGAGUUUGUGACGAGGAUCAACGCCUUCAAAUUCUUUAUAAGAUUAACCGACCCGGUGAACUGAUUCGAAUCUCGUGUAAUAUGCAUGGGACUCGUGCCGUUCAGAAGCUCAUCGAGACUCUCAAAACGCCGGAGCAGUUUUCCAUGGUUGUCUCUUUAUUGAAGACUGGUAUAGUGAUACUCAUGAAGAAUGUUAAUGGUAACCAUGUAGCACAGCAUUGCCUGCAGUAUUUGAUGCCUGAUUAUAUUGGUUUUCUUUUUGAUGCUGCAAUAAAAUCUUGUGUCGAGGUUGCAACCGAUCGCCACGGUUGUUGCGUGCUUCAAAAGUGCCUUUCUGUUUCUGAUGCUCGAUACCGAGACCGUUUGCUAAGCGAGGUCGUACGUAAUGCUUUGGUCCUUUCCCAAGAUCAGUACGGGAACUAUGUCGUGCAAUUCUCCCUCGAGCUUGGGCGCUGUCCUACGAGCAUUCCUUGGGUGACGCCUGGUAUCUUCAAACGACUAGAGGGCCAUUUUGCAGACUUGUCUAUCCAGAAAUAUAGCAGUAAUGUUGUUGAAAAAUGUGCUUAUACUGGAGAAGAUUAUCUCUUUAAGAUUAUCGACGAGUUGAUCAACGACGAACGAUUCAGUCAAAUUAUGCUGAACCCAUAUGGAAACUAUGCAGUUCAAGCUGUUCUUGCUCGUUCUUGGAAUUUCAAAAGUCCUGUUCAUGCUAAACUUGUGGCUGCUAUCAGACCGCACGUCCCGUUGCUCAGGACGAACAUGUAUGGGAAGAAAGUCCUCGCCGUGCUAACAAAAGCGAGCUAAGCGGCUGCUGCUAUCAUCGACGAAGAUCGCCUGCCUUCUAACCUGCAUUUCUUGUUGUUUGUUAAAAGGACAUGACUAGUUUUGUCUUUCUCUUUUAUCUUUUGUUUGUCAAGGGAGCUUAGGCCAUUAACCAUGGCUGCAACUGUGCAACAUGGUUCGUCUCCAUAUCUCGAAAGAAAACCAAUCGGAGUUGAAGACGAUCAUCCAUCUCAAUCCGUUCCAACAAAUGGUAACAUGUCUGUAUUUUCCUUUGUAGAUUCGCUGUUGUACUGGCGACCGAGAUGACGAUGGUAAGCUUCGGCUCUUUUCGGGGGUAAUGUAUAGACCGCAAAAUAUGAUUGAAAUCAUCGGGUCUGUGGAGGAGGAGUCAUCUGCUACUACUCGUCUUUGUUCGAGAGCGUUUUUUGCUUUCUAGUUCAAUAAAUGUGUAGUUGGAGAAUUGAACCAUCAAUCUUUAUCUACUUAACUAGCUCGAUUGAGUUGAUUAGA